CUAAUGUAAUGUUAAUUCUCGAUGCAUGUCGGAUCAUCAUUGAUAAUCUACAGUUAUUAUUUUUGGUAACUACAAUUUGAUGCAGUGAUUUUUAUUGUGGUUGAUUUUUAUCUUCUAAUUAUGCUUGAACUCGGGCGCAUUCCCUAUAUAGUAAUGGAACUCAGAGCAUGUGAACAUAUCUUAAAAUGUCAAUUUUAAAUGAAGUUAAAACGAGUUUUGAUACGCUUAUCAUUAAAUGUAGUUGACGUUUUAGUAAUAUUAAAUAAAAAGGCGCUUUUAAAAAAAAAAGUCUUUUAAAUUUCGUUGAAUAAAAAAUUUCGUCUAUACGACAUGUCUCAUUCAUCAAUAAAAGUUGAUGAUAAUAUUGAUAAUAUAGACUAUUUUGUUAUUUAUAGUAGCGAAGAUAAAUCAAUUCUUGGAUGGUUAGUUAAUGAGAAUGAUAACAGACAAUCCAAAUACAGUGCGCAUUACGUUAACCAGAAAAAUGUUGAAUUACUUAAACUAUAUAAAAAUUAUUUAUUAUGCUAUUACGAGAAAAACGAUGAGUAUUGUCUCAUUGAUUUAAGCAUUGAUUUAAAUAAUGUCAAAUAUCUGUUUCGACUAAGGAAUCUAGAGCAUGAAAAUAUAUUUUCUAUUAAAAAGAAUUCGAUUGGAUUUCUUUCUAAUGGUUCUAGUGGCCCUAUUCAUUUGGUUGUAGUAUCAUUAAAUGAAGAAGCAAAAAAAGCAAAAAAUCACAAAAUUUAUUUGUAUUCUUUUGAAGAUAAGCCAGAAACAGCAAAUGGUAUUUGGAAGUGUUUUCAACAAUAUGAUAUAGAAAAUGUAAAUGAAGAUGAUUUCGUUCAUUGUUUUGUAUAUCAAACAAAGUUAUUUCUUUUUAAUGGAUUCCAAUUAAUGACUCAAUAUGAUUUAUUGAAGAUGAUGACAUGUACGAAAUGUACAUGUGAAAAUCAAUACUUCUUAUUUGAUGAUAAGUUGCGUAAUUACUAUGCAGAUAAAGAUAAACGUAGUGUUAAUAUAGUAAUAAAUAAAAGUCAAACAUUAAUUGCAUUAAAUAUUUGUGGUAAAGUUAAUAUAUUUUCAAUGAAAAACGAGGAAAAUGCAAUGGAAAAUGGGAUGGAAAAUGGAAUGUGGAUUUCUAAAUAUGUAGAAAAUAAAAAAGAUUAUAUUCCAAUGGAAUUUGUAACUUUAAAAGAUGAUUCUGAAGGAUUAAUUAUUUAUAAUAUUGAUGAUAAAGAUAAAAAAUACAUACUUUUAGAUCCCUUUCAAACUUCUGAUGAUGAUGCAAUUGAUAUUACCCAAUAUAUAAACAACGGUAAUGGUAUUAAUAAUAUUAACAUUAACAACAACCAAAAUUUUGAUAUAAAAUUUAAUAAAAAGUUGGAAAAGAAUAAUUGGAUCACAGAUAAGUUGAAAGAUCAGACAAUAUUAAACAAAGAGUUAAACAAGACAUAUCAUAGUAAUAUUUAUACUUUACCUAUUUUCAACGACAUAAAAGAUAUGCUUAAAAAUGAAAUAAAAGAAGAUAACCUAGAGGGUAAACUUCUAAAGUUUGUAAUUGAAAAUAAUUCUAAAGAUUAUAUAAUUAAAGGAUCUAAAAAAUCACAGAAUGACGAAAGUAACGAAAAUGACGAAAAUGACGGAAGGAAAACAGUACUAAAAUAUAGUUGCAAUGAUGUAAUUUCGUACAAACAAUUAAAUAAUCAGGAUCUGGCUUUAAUUACUAAGAGUGAAAUCUUAAUUUACACAAUUUACGAAAAUGAAGAUUUAGGACUUCGAUACUGUCGAUGUAAUAAAGGUAUUAAAGAUAUUGAGGAAUGUUCAUCAUUACCGCCGCCAGAUUUUAGUCACUUAUUUAAGAAUAUUGUGAAAUACCAGAAGUACAAGAAUGUAGAAUGUGAAAAAUAUGAAAGAUACUUUCUUAGUAUUAUAAAUAAUCCGGUGGAAUUUUCAAGAUUUUAUUUAGAAAUGUUAUCAAAGAUUAUUGAUGAAAAAAUUGAUGAAAGUUUUAUUGAAUUUGCCGUUAAAUCAAUUUUUGAUAAAGUUAUUAAAUUAAUUGAAGAUGAUUCAGAAAAUCCCAAUUACAUGUUUCCUUUUAUUAAUUUAAAUUUAUUUGAUUUAAGUAAUCAUUUUUAUUCUAAUUUAAUAAUGAAGUAUAUUUCAUGUAAAUCUCUCAUACUAGAUCCCACUUGUUUAUCUAUUAUAAAUUCAACUUCACCUUAUAAGGCAUAUUCAAGAGAGGUUUAUAUUAAAAAAUCGUCUUUUAUUACAAGUUUGGUGAAAGAUAUAAUUAAACCAAUUAAACAAGAAAAAACUCCAGCAAUUAGGCUUAUCAUUCCUUUUUCCGAAUUUUGUGAUGAUAAAGAUAAAAAAAGCUUUUGGAACAAAUUUUUAAAUGAAGAUAGAUCUUUUCUAUUUAGUAAUAUAGAUACCGAUAAUUUUUACAGAUGGUGGAAUUUUGCAGCCAUUAUAGAUUUUAAAUGGAGGAAUUUUGGGAAAAAAUAUUAUUUAAUAAUUUGGGUUUUUUAUGCUAUGUUUUUUCUUUUUUUUGCAUUGGCUUCUACAUUAAAAUACGAUUACAGUAAUAAUGCAUUAGACAACGAAGAUAUUUUUUUUAUAAUUUCAAUUAUACUUGGUCUUAUACAUUUAAUUUUUGAAAUUCGACAAUGUUUACCAGAUCCAAGAAAUUAUUUUUAUGACCCAUGGAAUUAUUUGGAUAUAGGAGCAUAUUCUCUACCUAUUAUCACAUCUAUAUAUUGGAUUAUUAUUAAAUAUGGGGAUAUACUAUAUCGUAUAGAUCUUGCUACAACCACUAAUUAUGAAACGACCAAAGGACUUAGAGCAAUUUCUAAUUUAUUAUUAAGUUUUAAAUUUUUGAUAUUUUUUCGAGUAUUUCAAUUAUGUGGAACUUAUUUUGCCAUAAUUAUCGGAGUUCCUAAAAAAGCUUUUCCAUUCUUAAUAGUCUUAUUUUUUCUUUUAUUUGGAUUUGCCCAUGCAUUUUUUAUUUUACAAGCAGACGAUAAUGCAAUUCCAUCUAUUCCAUCUAGUAUUUUUGAUCCUAGUGAUUAUAAACCUAAUAAUAUAGAUAGUCCAUGGAAUAAAACCACCGUAUAUCAUGUUUUUUUAAAUGGUACUAUAUAUCAGAAUGUUACAUUUAUUGAAGACCCUAAUUCAAAAAAAAAUCUGUUUGAUGGUUUUAUUAGGUCACUUUUAUCGGUGUAUUUACUGCUUAUAGGCAAUCCUGAAGCUUUUUCGGCAGACACUUAUUAUGAUUCUACUCUAGUAACAAUUUUAUUAGUUUUAUUUACAUUUCUUAUAAUUUAUCUUAUGAACUUAUUUAUUGGAUUGCUUAAUCUAGCAAUUAAUGAAUACAAUAAAUAUGAAGAAUUUUUUCUUCUAAAAGCAAUGAUUAUUAGGGAAAUUGAAUUAUAUUAUUUGCCAGCUUGUCUAAAAAAAAAAUGGAAUCCAUAUUGGAUUUAUUAUGAUAUUCCUGUUAAAGAUAUUCGUGAAUUAAUUCAUGCAAUUGAUAAUAAAAAAACUUAUUUCAUUUAUCAUCCUAUAUAUAUCAGUAAAAGAUUAAGAAAUUUAUUAGAUAUUCCAGAACCAAAAGAUCUAAAUGAAGAAGUUAAAGUACUUCAACAACAAAUAAUUGAGUUAAAAAAACAAAAUCAAAAACUUAAAGAUUUAAAAGAAUAAAAAAAUACAAAAUAAAAAAUUGAUAAUGAAAUAAAAGAUUCUUAAUAAAAUAGAAUAAUGUAGUUUACAUAAAAUAAAUGAUUUUUU